AUGAAGUUUUCUACAAUUGCAAUUGCCACCGUAUCGGCCGCCACGGUAGUUAAUGCCUCUUACUCGUACUCUCCACAGGUCAACGAUUUUCUGAACAAAAUUGAUAUUGCCAAGGCUCAAGUAUACGAUCAAGCCGGUUCUUUAAGAGACGAUCUCAUUGACUCGUGGUCCGAUUCACAAUUAAAGGAAUGGCUCGAUGCUCAUUCUCUCUACGACGUUCACACCUCUGCUACUAAAGACGUUAAAGGGUAUGCUGCCUCUCUGAAAGAACAAGUUCUGGCUCACAAGGACGUUCUUGUCGAGGAUAUCAAAUCGUACCAAGCCGCUGCUGCUGCCAAUGCUCAACCUUACAUUGGCAAGUCCAAGGAGUUUGUAGCCGACACCGGCGCAAAGGCCGGUGAAGUGGGUGCUCAAGCACAGGUCCACGCACAAACACUGUUGGGCCACGUGCAACAGCAUCUCUACACCCAAUACGAGAACGUCAAGAGCUACGCCUGGGACCUCUACAAAAGGGCCACGGCCUACUCUAAGUCCAAAGUCGACUUGUAG